AUUCAUAACAAACUCUCGUCUCUCUCGUUUCUCUCUUCUCAAAUCCUUGUUAUGGUAUCAGAGCUUCACGAUCUCCUCCAUGAGUUUAUCUCGUCGUGAGCUCUCGAUUCAUCUUUUCGUCUCUCUUGUUUACGCUGUCUCUCGAUUCAUCAUUCUUUUUCUUCAAUCUUUGUUCGCUCUCGUCUCCGUGAGCUUCGAUUGUUGAUUCUUGACCUCCGAUUUCUCGAUUUCUCUUUUUCUCGAUCGAUCGACAUCUUUCUGUUUUGUGAUGGCUCAACCUCAUUCGAUUCCUCCGUCUUCCGUUUCGUCGUCACAGAUUACAGAUCACUACGAGAAUCCGUAUUAUCUCCACAACUCUGAUCAUGCUGGACUGAAGCUCGUUACCGAUCGUCUUACUUCUGGCGCGGACUUUCAUUCCUGGAGGCGUUCUGUUCGGAUGGCUCUCAACGUGCGUAACAAGCUUGGGUUCAUCGAUGGUACUAUUCGCAAACCUCCUUCUACUAGUCGUGAUUCUGGAUCGUGGUCAAGAUGCAAUGAUAUGGUAGCUACCUGGCUUAUGAACUCAGUUUCUAAGAAUAUCGGCCAGAGUCUUUUAUUCAUGUCAACUGCUGAAUCCAUUUGGAAUAAUCUGAUGCAACGUUUUAAACAAGAUGAUGCGCCCAGAGUUUUUGAGAUUGAACAACGUCUGAGUGCUCUCACUCAAGGAUCUCUUGAUGUCAGUGCUUACUAUACUGAACUCAUUACCUUAUGGGAAGAGUAUAAAAACUAUAUCGAAUUGCCUGUUUGCACAUGUGGUCGUUGUGAGUGCAAUGCAGCUUUGCUAUGGGAACAAAUGCAGCAACGAGGACGUGUCACCAAGUUCUUGAUGGGAUUGAAUGAUUCAUAUGAACAGACGCGUCGUCAUAUACUCAUGCUGAAGCCUAUUCCUACUAUAGAGGAGGCGUUUAACAUGGUAGCACAGGAUGAAAGGCAGAAGGGUAUUAAGCCUGCUCUUAAGACUGAUUCUGUGGCUUUGCAAACCACUGGUCCUUCUUCAAUUCCUACUUCUCCUGUGUACAUGGAUCCUUCUGAGUAUAUUGCUGCUUACAAUGCUUAUCGUCCUCGUGGAAACCGUCCUCUCUGUACUCAUUGUGGUCAGCUUGGUCACACUGUUGCCAAGUGUUUUAAACUCCAUGGAUAUCCUCCUGGUUACAAGCCAUCUCCUGGCUAUCAAGGACAAUCUUCUCAACCUCGACCUUCUCAAGGUUAUGCUCCACGAGGUCAAAUGGCUUAUCCUCCACGUUCAUCGGCUCCUGUGAAGACUGUUGCUCAGCUGGCUGCUGAUGCUCAACCUAUUGCUGUUGCACCAUCUUUGGAUGUUAAUCAACUUACGUCUUCUCAGCUUCAGUCGAUUAUUCAACAGCUCCAAACGCGUGUUCAAGUCACUGACAAUGUUGCUUCAUGUGCUACACACUCUAUCACUGAACAAGGAGUCAUGGCAGAACAAUCUUCGGCUGGACCUUACUCAGGCCUCGAUGAUUGGGAAGGGUGAUGUGUUUCGUAGUCUUUACAUUCUCAAUCUGCAAUCAUCUUGUUCUGUUUUAGCGCCUGCUCUGUGUGCUUCUGUGUCUGUUGAUGCAUCUUUGUGGCAUUCUCGUCUGGGUCAUCCGUCUGCUACGAAGUUGAAGGUUCUUUCUGGUUCU